AUGACGCUUAGUAUUCACCUCCCUCCCGCUCUAGCAGAGGUCCAGGACACUAUCUACGACUUUUACAAAGACCAACGUAUUAUCCCCUUAUCCCACAAGACCAAAGCCGCUACCAUCCGUAGCCCAGAGGCAAGGGACAUAUUAAGCCUCACCCUUUUUAAAGACACCUCCAAGCCCCAACAAUACAGUCCAAUUCCUCCUGUCCGGUCGCUACGCACAGCGAACACUAAGGUCUACGCCUAUCUGCUACGCCUCGCCCUCCAGCCAGAUCUCAAAGACGUCAACAGCAGUCUCAUCAACUUCACCGUUGCGACCACCGCCCGCACGCACCAUCUGCUCCACAACAGAGGCCCUUCUAAGAUGAUUGACUUUGCUAUGUACAUUAAUACCAAGGUCGUCCAGGACACACACCUCUCGCAGCGCAUCAAGGAACUCCGCCAAAAGUUCCCCUCUAACGCCGUCAACUCCACGCUAUACCACUUUCUACGCAACAAGCCCAUCUCCGUAACCAUCAAGACUAAGAGGAGCGAUGGCCUCAAGCAAGCCGUGCUGCAGAUCGGCAUUUGGCAAGCCGCCCACUAGGCCUACCUCAACCGUAUCGCCUCUAAGAAGGGUGCCACCCUUAACAGCCUAGAGUUCCUCCUAGGCCUAGUCGUAUCAGGGGCCAACUAGUAUUUUGUCGCAUCUACCAGAGAGGGCCAGCGAACGACGUUGUGGGAGAAGCAGCCCAUUAGAUCUACGCAGUCGCUUGUUAGAACCUACAAGGUUAUUUAGACCAUACAGUACCUAGCAUGGUGGUUGGCUGAGGUGUACUAGCUGUAGUUUAUAAGCACUAUUCUCUUGUAAAGUUUUACUUGUGCAAAGGCAAAAGUAUAAUAAAGACAACAACCC